AUGAGUUCGGGAGUCAGUAGAAGUGAGAUACGCGCACUUGCUGCAAAAUAUGUGCCGCAAAUUGAUCAAGUGUAUGUCUCGUCUAACCAGGGCAUAGAUGAAUCGAAGCUCUUGGCGGAACUUUUGAAGUUGAUCGACAAAAUCCCAGAUGAUGAGCAUUUGUUCUGCGACGAAGACUUCAGGCCUAUUGCAGUCUUCUGCCUGACGCUCUUUUCCUUCAGCAACCAGGGAACUGUUCAAUGGCUAAAGGGUAGAUUUGAUCCAGUGUUAGCGCGGUGCAAACAAUGUGUCCUUCAUUUUACUAGGGGAAGGUGUAGAAUGCUGCAACACUUUUCUGUGCUUCGGAAAGUCCCACACGAGCAUGUUACUAAGUUCAACAAUAUUGUUUCACUUUGGAGGUCUGAAGCUUUACUUCCUGUCACACAAGGUAUUGCUGUCAACAACAACACUGAAAUCAACCUCACACCAGAUAUCGAAGUGGCGUUAUACGAGUGUUUCUGCAACCCUCAGGUUUUGAGGACAAAUGAAAAAUUGAAAGCCGCAUUCGAUGCAAUUUUUAAGUUCCUGUUCCAUUCCAAACAUUCGAUUUUGGAGUACCCCCCAGCAGAAUCCAUCCAGCAACACAUUUCUGCCGGUCUGAUAUACUGCUGGUUUGAAGGCUCGUACGAAGAAGUCCACUGGGCUCGAGUGUUCUUGGAAUUACUGCACAAGUAUCAGGUUACUUUUGCUGCGGACAAUUUCCAGCAAGAUUUGCUCGAGGAGAUCAAUGUACAUUUCCUGUACCUACAAAAUUCCAGUAACUUCCACGAAGCUCUGGUAUCGCAUUUCUGGUCAAAGUUCAACCCACUGUAUUAUCUAUUUGAUACUUCGCUGAUAAACGCUCAUCUCAUUGUCCCCCCAAAUCUUGAGUCUUUGCGCCAGUCUAUCCGUCAUCCUAUCGAAUCAAUCUAUAACCUAUGGUACCGCCACCUGGCGCAUACGUACCGGGAAACACCACUAGGAGUUUUACUGAAAACUCUGAAAGUUUUUUUGGAAAAAGAAGGCUCGGAAUUUUGGGAACGUAUAGAACCCUUCACUUUUCACAGCAUCUUAGACUUAGUGUUCGAGAAAAAUGCAUUUUCUGUUACACUAAUAAAGAUCCAAGACAAUCAACUCACACCUCAAGCAUUUGAAGCUCUGUUAGUGGAGGCUUCCUCUCUUACUGAUCUCGUGUCUUGGACGCUUCCAUUUUUCCACUCCCUAUCUCCUUCCAAAAGAAUUCAAAUGGUCAAAAAGGUCUCCAUUGGCUUUUUUCGAGUGAUUUCCAGUCAUAAUCACUUGAAGACUAUUCCAAAAGCAUGCUUGAUUAAUUCAUCAACCGCUCUUUUGAGUGCGGUGCUGGCUGUGACAGACGAAGAGCGGUCGGUUCUUUAUUCAAAUGCGAACUUUGAAACCACGCUUUUCACAAAAAUGGACUCUCGUGCACUUUUGAACAACGAAAUGGUUCUUAAUAUAGUGAUACAGUCAGCCACCAAUUCGAUAGAUUUUCUAGGAGUAGAUCCAUCUAUUGCUUCUGUUCCUUACUCUGCAAUGAAAGUUCUGGCCAAUUGCAUAGACUACGAUAUUCUAAUACUGUGCCAGGCUUCUUAUAGAAUCUACAGAGGGGGCAAGGCGAACGACGUCAAGGUCAACACUUCCUUAAUUUCUGGCCUAGUGCAAACCUUGGAUUUAGGGCGUAGUCAAGAUGCUGUCCGUUUGGCAUCAUUGUUACUGGCUUCUAUGCGUAACGUUAAUGGUCUGUUGAGACCCAAAACGCCUGAUCCAUUGACCACUGAGCAUAUCCGUUGUAUUGAAGCCUACUUUGAAUUGCUGAAAGGAAUCUUGAUGAAGAUUACUGAUAUUCUGCCUUCCCAUUUAAUUAAAGUGAUAACAGAUGAGGCUGGGUCGAGAGGAUUUUGGUCCUGUAUAUUUACAUCUGAUAUUGAAAUUUAUCAGACUGCAACAAAUAUUCUUUACGAAUCUUUCGACGUUGAGGGUAGACUAGAGGGUAUCCAAGAAACAUUCAACCGUAGUCUGAACCACAGUCUAGGGUCAAUAAACAUGGUCUUAUCUCAACUUAUGAAGCACGAAUUUUUUGAGCCCUGUCCCAGAGCUAUCAGAGUCUUGAUGGACAUUAUACAGGUUCUAUCGGAUCCAGUCAACGGAACUUUCGCCAACUAUAGUUCUUUGAGAGAUGAUGAAACGGAUCAAGUUAUGCAAAAGUUUUGGAGUUUGUCCUGGCAGUUUUUGAACAUGAUUUAUCGAGCCACUUUGAAGUGGGCUUCAAAGUAUCCUUAUUCAGAACUAGAAAACUUCACCAAGGAUACUCUUGAUACCAGUCUCUCUAUGGUAGAUGCAUAUCGCGAAUUCGAAGGCGCGCUAUCAAGUUCGAAUCUCGAAAAAUCUAAAGACCUACUUCAAUGCGUCUUAGCCACUUUCCAAGACAUGCUAUACUGGCUGAGACUAAGCGACGAGUAUCUUCUAGCUUCUUGCGUGGGGCUUAUAGUAAAAGCAGCGGACCUCGCCAUAGAAAAAGGGUUGAAGUUUGACGAUGACUUGGUAAUCAGCAUGGCUAAAUAUGCGCUCAAGGCUCGCAAAUUUUCUAACAAGCUGACUGCUCAGCAAUCCUUGGAGUUAAUAUCGAGAGCAAAAGGUUUCAAUGAAGCCUUGGUAGAAAAAGUGACCGCAGAAGUUGACUUUUAUCAAAAAGAGAGGGAAAAGCUCAAGUUGAGUAAAGAACCCUCACCACUGAAUGACAACUUGGCGAUCUCGAAAAACAUCAAUACUAGUCAAUCAAAGUCACAGGUUGAAUCUAAGGUUGAUUUUCUACAAAGAAAGGCGAUGUCAUCCUCCCUAAUGGGCCGGCCCAAGAGUCAAGCGAAAAUUACAUCGUUUGGAACUCUCAAGCCAGGAUUUACACCGAAAGCUCAAGAACCAUUAAAAGGUCCGCCAUCCAAGCUAGAAAUCGCAAGGAGGCAGCUUUUAGCGGGUAGAAAAGUCCACCCGCCUAGCACGAACGUCUUCAACUCCCGUCGACCUCAGCAGCCGCGCAGUGUCCGGGACGACAGCAGCGAUGACAGUGAUGAUGAUUUGGAAGAUGCCAAAGAGUUGUUUUCUCUUUCAAAAUCGCGAGAGCGGAGUAAGCCCAUUGUACUAGACAUCAAUGGAAAACCGGUUGUUAAAAUUGACAGUGCUCAGCGAAAAAAACAGGAGGAGGAAAAUAUGAGGAGAAGAUUGAAUGUGGAUUUGAACCCCUUCUACAAAAAAGUCCUCAAAUGGAGCUUUACUGCAUCUGGUGAGUACUAUUUCGGUUCUCAAAGCGACGAUUUUGAGGACGUUAAAGACACUUUUUCCUCGGUUGACGAUUACCAAAAGAUUAUGCAGCCUCUCUUGCUUCUAGAAUGUUGGCAAGCUAUGUGUGCUGCACGAGACAGGGAUGAUAAUAAACCAUUUAGCAUGGUAAUUGGGAAUCGAACUGUCGUUUCAGAUUUUUACGAGGUUUAUGCUUCUGUCAGCAAAAAGAUGAUGAUCGAAGCAAGUAUUUCAGAUUCAGACUUAAUAGUGUUAGCAUAUUUCCCGACCGCUAAAAGUGUGAACGAACUACGCACAGAUAAUUUCAAGGCUGCUGAAUAUUGCUGUCUCGCAAAAGUAUGGGGUAUGAAGAAUAGUAAAGGCGAUAACAUGGACUUGACCUUGAGAAUUGACAGAAGCACUAAUUUCAGCAAAUUUUUGACACUAAGGGCUGAAAUUUUUGCUGUGAAGGUAAUGCAAAUGACAACAGUUGAGAGAGAAUACACUUCACUAACUGGCCUUCCUUUUUACGAUUUAGCAGGUCAAAUUACAACCGCGACUUUGACACCCACAAAAAAAAGUGAUCCCGCUGAGGUUGAGUUAGUGAAAGAAAAGUAUAAACUGAACAGUUCCCAGGCGGAGGCUAUAGUCAGUAGUGUUUCUCGUGAAGGCUUCUCUUUGAUUCAAGGGCCACCCGGUACCGGUAAAACAAAAACCAUUUUGGGUAUCAUCGGUUAUUUUCUCAGCACUCAGAGGGCUUUGCCAGCCGGUGUCAUUAAACAACCUGUAGAUUCUGCAAAUGCGUCUACCUCGACUGAUCAGCUCUUGCUCAAGCAAAAAGUUUUGAUAUGUGCCCCCAGUAAUGCAGCCGUAGAUGAGCUUGUCCUCAGACUGAAACACGGAGUGUUCGACAAACAUGGCAACUCAUUCAGCCCUAAGCUCGUGCGUGUUGGUCGUUCUGAUGCGGUGAAUGCAGCCAUUAAGGACCUCACUCUGGAAGAACAAGUUGACAAGAGGUUAGGAAGUAAGAACUACGAAUUUAUGAGUAAUCCUGCAUUGGAACAAAACCUGCAGAAUGCAAUUAAUGAGCGCCGUCAGCUCAGAAGGAAGCUUGACGCUGAAGAUGGGUCCCCCGUUAGUGAUUUGUCGACAGAUGAUAUUACAAAAAUUCAGUUGGCUAUAAGAGAACUGAGCAAAAAGAUCAAUGGGCUUGGGAAGCAGAAAGACGAGAUUAGGGAGAGAAACUCUGUGAACUAUAGGAACAAGGAAGUAGAUCGGAGAAAAGCUCAAUCUCGUAUCCUGGCCGAGAGUGAUGUUAUAUGCUCUACUCUUUCAGGUUCUGCGCAUGAUAUACUUGCUUCGCUUGGUGUCAAAUUCGAUACCGUCAUUAUUGAUGAAGCAUGUCAGUGUACUGAACUUUCGACAAUAAUUCCUCUUCGCUACGGGGCAAAAAGAUGUAUCAUGGUGGGUGAUCCUAAUCAACUACCCCCCACCGUUCUUUCUGGUGCCGCCAGUAACUUCAAAUACAACCAGUCCCUUUUCGUUAGAAUGGAAAAGAAGUCCUCACCACACUUACUUAAUGUGCAGUAUAGAAUGCACCCAGCAAUAAGCAAAUUUCCAUCAACAGAAUUUUACAAGGGAAAGCUAAGUGACGGACCGGACAUGGAGGUACUUAACACCAGACCAUGGCACUCACAUACCCCACUAGGACCGUACAAAUUUUUCGAUAUUGUUACAGGAAAACAAGAACAGAAUAGAAAAACAAUGUCUUUCAUAAACAUGGAAGAAUGUAAGGUUGCAAUAGAGCUCGUUGAGAAUUUGCUGAAUACUUACGAGAACAAUUACAACUUUACAGGUAAAAUUGGUGUCAUAUCACCAUAUCGUGAGCAGAUGCAAACCAUGCGAAGAGAAUUCAAGAGAUAUUUUGGUAACCCGAUUACUGGCUACGUCGAUUUCAAUACUAUUGAUGGGUUUCAAGGACAAGAGAAAGAAAUCAUUUUGAUAUCUUGUGUCAGGGCGGAUGAUACGAAAUCGGGCGUUGGGUUUCUAAAAGAUUUCAGAAGAAUGAAUGUUGCUCUGACAAGAGCUAAAAGUAGCAUGUGGAUUUUAGGCCAUCACAGCUCACUGUUCAAGAAUAAGCUCUGGAGAAAUCUAAUCACCGACGCCAAAGACCGAGGUUGCUUGGAUUUGGCUUGCUCAGGAUUUCUUAACCCAAAAAGCUCUAAAGCGACAAGUAUCCUUAAGCAGUAUGCUGCCUCCCACGAUCACUUAACAGGUGAUGAUUAUGACCCGGUCGUUGCAAGAAGAGACAGAGUGCCCACCAAGACUGGCCCUUCUCGCAAUGCUGACAGAAGGGCCAUGAAGCAUUCAGCUACCCCAACUUCCCAACUUUCCCAAACUAAACAUUCUCGCGAAAAGCAAACUUCUUUUCCCUCUAACGCGCAAGGGACGAGACCGAAACCUGUUAUGUCGCAAGCUCCUAUGGGUAGAAAAAAGAAAUCGUCAAUUUUCGGCGGGCCAUCUUUGAUCUCAGGUAUCGAAGAUAAAGUAAGUCAUCCAAGCAUUCAUUCCCGAUCAAAUAUGAAUCAUCCUGAUCCCAAGCCAGGCAACAGGGACGCAGAUAGAACGACAUCAGUGAAGCGUGUAAGAUUUGAAGAAGGUGCGGGGACAGAGCAACAAAAGAAGGCUAGGUCCUCGGAUGAAUUAAAAUAUUUAAAUGCAGGUGAUAAUCCAGCUAAGCCUGCAAACUUCAACACAUCUCGAGAACCCGUGGCCAAUGCACCAGUGGGCAGAAGUGUCAGUCAUGCAGUUGAGAGCUCAAAGCAAGAGGAAGGUGACAGUGACAGCAGCCAGGAUGAUUACGAUCCUUCUAUGUCACUUUCCCUCGAUCUGAAAUCUGCAGGGCAAAAUGGAAGCCACUUUAAAAACAUCAAAGACGUUGAAGAUCGCGGGGUCCCCCGUUCUACCUCGAGCUCUAAUCCAUUUAUUCCAAAGAAAAAAAAGCCCUUCUCCUAUAGGCGAUAA